GGUUGUAAAUGACAGACGGUCUUCUUCCACUUCAAAUAUUAACGAUAUUUUAAAACAUAGAGAUUCACUGUAUAUAUACAUUAUUUCUCCUGGUCCAAGUAGACUUAUAUUUCCCAAAGAAUUGCCUACCGAUAUUCCUGCAGGAAACCGUUUGGCUAAAAUAAAACCCGUUGACAACAGCAGUUGGAAGCUAGAGACGUGAAUCUCCUAGAGACGCGAAAAAAAUCGAACUCGAAGGUUUGUUGCGACAUCAAAUCUUCGGCGACGAUCAUAUUGACCGGUGUGAUAAUUAUUUAUUCACCGGUCAAUCUAAUACAAUUACGUUUCAGAGACGUGAAAAUUUAUAUUUCGUUUUCAACAGUCACGGUGUCGACGAAAAUAAUAGAUUCGCUGUUAAUGGUAAAGCGCGAUUGCUCCGGUGCAAUAAUUUAAAAUCAUUAGCGUUUGUUCUAUUCUCUGGGCGUAGAGGCGAUGGUUCCCAAUUUUCAAUUUAUAAAUUGCGCGAUUUACAAACGUUGCAGCCCACUCGCGUAAAUAUCCAGUCGACACUGGCGGAAGCGAUCGUAACAACCUAUAUUGGUGACCAAAAUUGGUAUUGCAAUCAAUAGUUAAAUUAGAAAGAUUAGAUAUCAAUAUUUCAAAUAAAUCGAGAAAAGUAGGUCGACCCAUGAAAAAAAGGGAGGAUAUCAAAGUCGCUGUAAAUAAUGAUAGUUUUUCGAAUGAUCGCAAACUCGGUAUGCUCCCUGUUGCCGUCAUUGAGAAAAAUUAAAUUUUAGAAGAUAGAAUGUGCCGUCUUGAAAAUAAAAUUUGAGUGUUUUUACUUAGGAAACAUAAUCCAGUGGUAAACCUCACGCGACGCUGUAAAAAAAUAUACUACCCGUAAUUCGAAUGUGCAUCGCACGAUAGUAAAGCAAUAUACCGAUCGAAAUCCAUCAAACUAUCGCGACGCGGUACAAAAAUAUGGUGAGGAAAAUCAUUCUGUGAAUAAAGAAGCGGUUAAACGUUAUAAUACCAGUAGUCGUAAUGUCGCACCCGCUUUUAGGAAUUCUUCUCAUUUAAUCGGGCAAAAAUGCAACGAAAAAUUAGAUGUAGUACUCAUUUAUUUAUUAAAAACGCGUUUUUUGUUCACGAACGAGUCUGCUCACUACCCCGCUCGUCUUUUCUUCGAAAAAAAGACGGGACUCAAAUAGUGUUGUGGUGCUGGCGCUUACAACGUUCAAAAUUUUUCACCUCUCGAUGAGGAUUUCUAUCAUCAUCCCGCGGUUUCACAAUCCUCCUACUGGUACUUGUUUCUCAAAAUCCAAGGUCGUGUCUAUCGCCGAUUUUCGAUCUCAGUUAUACUGACAAGACAAAUCCUCUCAAUUUGUAUAUUCAUGACAGCGGACGCGGAAGUUUUGCUGCUGGUCUUAAUUUAGAUUCUACCGUCAUCAGGUCUAUCAAACACUUUUUGCACGAUGUAAAUCCUUACAUCGAUUGUUUUAAACAACUGAGAAGGGAACCUUCGGACGAUUUGAUCUCAAUUUCGAACGCACAUCACGUUGCACUCACGGUAACAUUAUUAGAAGUUUUGCCGAUAGGGAACGAAGAAGCUGUUAUUUUAAGUACCGAAAGCGAAUGAUUUAUUGCGAAUUGUAUUGCAGUUUGGAAAGUAUGCAGGCGGAAACCUCUCAUAGUAACCCCGGAUAGUUUCCCAGUUAAUUAGAUAAUAAAAGUAAUAAAUUAACGCAAAAUUAACACGUUCAGUGUCUUUUACUUUCGGAACCUUGAUUUUCUGAAUUAGGCCGACAUUCUGAGGAGUGGAUAAUAGACAUGUUUAGUAGAAUAUCGGAGGAAAGGCUUGGGUAUAUCAGUAGGUUACAGAGUAGAUCGCCUAAUUCCGCUGUUAGGACUCCUCCAUUCCAGGAAAUUGAGGAUAAUGUUGUCUCGCGACAAAUCAACGAAGAUGUAACCAUAUUCGGGGAAAGUGGCGUUGUGCCUGGACGUGUUUACUUGCCGAACACGUUCACUGGAGGACCACGUUAUAUGAAGUACAAAUAUAUGGAUUCUGUCGCUUUAGUUAAUAGAUAAGGUCCCCCGUCAUAUUUUCUAACUAUCGUUCGUAAUCCCAAGUGGCCAGAAAUCCAACAGUCCACCCCUGUCGGCCAAAGACCUCAUCCUUUGCAUUGUGCUAGAGUUUUUAAGUUAAAGUUAUCUCAAUUGUUAAAAGAUUUCCGCUCUGGUAAAUGGUUCGGAAGGUGCAUGUAUAUUAUGCAUGUCACUGAAUUCCAAAAACGAGGACAAACUUAUGCCCACAAUUGCUUUAGAGAAGAAGGCGGUGAUCCCGUUCAAAACGUAGACAUAGAUCAGUUUGUUAGAGCAGACCUUCCUGCUUCCAUCGAAGCAGAGGGUAGAUUACGCAAAGCCGUACUGGAUCAUAUAAUCCAUGGUUCCUGUGGUCCUCCGUUUAGGACUGAUCUUCCUUAUUGGGAUCCGGAAAAAAAAGGUGUGUUAAGUUUUUCUAUCACCUAUUGCGAUGAUAGAGGGUUUGUCCACUUAAAACGUAGUUCUAAAAAUGAGGCCACAAUCAAAUAUCAGGGUAAGGAUGUCCCAAUUAAUGAUUUAUGGGUUGUUUCGUACAACACUGCAUUACUCCUCAAGUAUGACAAUCACAUUUAUUUAUGCGCUUAUUAAGCCCGAGCUGUCGUUAGGAAUUUAUUCAAAAUUUAUGACGAAAGGCCCACAUCAUUCCCGGGUUAUGAUUGUAUGCGAAGCCGUAGCGCUACCGUGAGUUGCUAUCGAAAAUUCUCAUUACGUUACCGCAGUCGAUAGCGAAUAAACGCACUUUGAAUAGUAUUCGAUAGAAGUUGUACCAUGAGUCACAUUUACAUUUACUAUACUCGCUAACGUUAAUUCGAACAUUCGAAUAGUUUUUGUUACGUGACCGUGUAUUGCGCCUAACUUCACUCCAAAUGAAACUGUCUCGUUCUAAUUAUGCUGAAUAGAGUGAGAAAGGAUGAUUUUGGGCAAAAAACUGGGUAUUUAGAUCUUCAAAUUUCAAAAGUAGAUAAAACCCUACUAAUUUUAAGCGUUAUUAAUCAGUCUCAUAACGCGAAGUGUAACUGAUUAUUGGAUUUAUUCGGUUAUUUCCUUGUUGUGACAGGUCAUUGAGUGUUCUGUUUCUUGACUGGCGUUGUUUUGAUAAAUUGUGCAUAAACUAGUGAUUCACAAAUACAGUUAUUGGUUGAGUAUAUGGAAAAAUAUGUACUUCAAUACAUUUAUAUUAUAUUAUUAAUACCUAGAAUAUAUUUUGUACAGUAAAAUGUAGUCCUCCAGAUUUUUUAGAUGAAAUAUUUGUUUAAGUGUUCAGAUAAAGUUAAGGAAUGCUGAGUGCUUUUUAUUUGGUUAAGGUUUAACUUUUAAAACAGACGCAGUUUAUGAAAUACAGUAAGAAUAUACAACCUAAUUCAAUGCUAUCCCUCUGUCCCCUCUCACCGCUUCCGAAGCCGCCGCCGCUGCCGCCGUUGAUGUCUCUUCCUCUUCUUUGCCCGCAACUGCUGCCAUUAUAGAGGGAAGAGUCCCGAUCGGUCGACUCGCCCAUCCCGCAGCCAGAAUAUCACCCGAUUUUAGAAUUAUACCCACUGAGACUAGAUUGCGGCAAAUAAUUCCUAACGACGCGCUCGUCUUUUACACGGACGGGAGCAAAACGCCCGUUCGCGAGGGAGACUGGCGUGGAGAGACAGGGGCAGCGAUCGUCAUCGAAGGAGGGAGCUUCGGACACGAAGUCGCCCCCCCUCCCUCGGCGCAUAAGCAACAACAACAACAACAACAACAGUCAUUACAUUCCACACCGCAGGCGGCGGCCCGACGCCCCGCCCACGAUUCGCUCUCGAACUUUUGCUGCACUCGGGAGUAUCGCUUGGGCCCGUUGUGUUCCAACUUUCAGGCCGAGGCGCUCGCCAUGGAGAAAGCUUGCGGCCUGGCCACGGAGGCGGUCAGACUGGGCCGCCCUGCGUGGAUUUGUUCCGACUCAUUGUCUACCCUGAUGGCCAUACAGGAUAGGAGCUCCACGCACCCUAUUAUUCAUAACAUCCAUCGCGGGCUGAUGCGCGCCCC